AUGGCGAGCGAAUUUGGAACAGAUGGCAGGUAUGCAGGGGAGGAGGAAGAGGAAGAGGAGGAGCCACCGAGGAUGAUGACCCACACCAUGCGGGAGCGCCUGUCGGAGAAAAACGGUCCCCAUAAGACGGUGUUCGGGGUCCUUUCGAACAAGAAGUACGAGGCGGACAUGCGCUUCUACCACACCAGCUCCCAGCCGCAAUACAAGACGGGUGGAAAGUACCAAGGGGAAUGGCAGGACAACAUGAAGCAUGGCUAUGGCACUCGCUCUUGGGUCAACGGCAACAAGUACGAGGGGGAAUGGGAACGUGACCGGAGGCACGGCAAAGGCACCUACUGGGUAAACGAAUCCGAUGACCAGCGAGAUGGAUUGGGCGUCUUCUUCUACGCAGAUGGGGGAAGGUACGAGGGGGGCUGGGUGGCAAACCGCCGCAGCGGCCAGGGAAGAUUGUCUUUCGCCAAUGGAGAGGUAUAUGACGGCGGGUGGCUGGACGGGCAGAGGAGCGGGACCGGGUCGUUGCGCCUCCCUGGAGGAGAUAUCUUCGAGGGCCUCUGGCUGAAGGACAAGAAGGAAGGUCCCGGACGAUAUCUGUACAUGUCGACCCGCAAAGUCUACGAGGGGGAGUGGGUCGAAGGGACGCCAAAGUGCGGGGAAUAUCAAGACAUGCCCGCGGCGCUCGUGGACCGCUCCGUACCGGACGGCAGCUUCCCGCUGCCGGAGCUGACCCUCAAGCGCUCCAGCGCCGUGCUGAACGAGGCCGUGGCGGUCAUCCGGAACGAGCGGGCCAAACGCCACAGCCAGCCUGGCAGGGUGUUCACUACCGAUGAGAUGGACACCCUCCGCGAGAGCUUCGCGACGUUCGAUCAGUCCGGAGAGGGCCUGGUCUCUGUCUUGGCGCUCGUGGACAUUUUGGAGCACGCCGGGAUUACCGAUAUCGAACCCGAAGAGGUUCACGCACUUCUGGAGGAGCUGCAAGCGGAUCCAGACACGGCCAUUUCCUUGCCGGAGAUGACGGAGAUCGUCGCCCUUCUUCUGGCCUGAAUUGAAAUCCGCAUCGACUUCCGAGCGAGCCGUGCAAGAGAAGCCAACGAUGUUUUUUUUCGGUUUGAUAGCUUGUUUCAGAAUUUUGAUGGCUUGUUUCAGAAGUGCGGCACAAAAAUCUACUGGAACUAAUCUGAAGGAGCAAAAAAUAUAUUUUAUUACCCCCGCCCUCGACCACGAACAACAUCCAGCGGCGUGUAAUCUCUAACAACAUAAAUAUAUUGACCGGUUGGUGGAACCUAUACCGCAUGCAUGCCUCGUCACCACUACACAAAACGCAUUUUCUUCGCCAUCAUCACCCACAAACUCCAACGUUCGUUUCGUAACCCCACAAUCUAGACUCGUGCUUAUCGCAACACAAAAGGAAAAAAAGCUCGUGGAUCGGGAAGAGGGAUACUGCCAUCAACACCAUGACUGCACCUUGCAACACACAAGAUGGAAGAAAACAAGAUCAUCAUGCGCGCGCAACAAACAAGGCGAAACCGUUGCGAUUCCGCGCCCAGCGGGCCGGAUACGUUCUACCAACACACGACAUGACUCGGUUGGCGAGCAUCGACAAAAAAAAACGUGUCCGCAGGGGCGGUGGGGUUGUUCUUUCACCGCCAUCCCCUUUUCGUGCGCUUGAUUUCCAUCAUCUCCCUGGUUGCUCAACCUUGGCACCACGGCGGCCGAAAACAGGCACAUCUCUACGAGUGCUCCCCGCGAGGGACAUGAAACACAAGCAUACCCCUCAUCGAUGGACCGGUACCUCCUACACAAACGAAAAUGAUCCCUUCUUCAGCAGCCGGCCUCUCUACUUAAGCUAAACCUCGGGGGGGGGGGGGGCAGGGAAGUCUUCUC